CUCCUGAGGCUGCAGGGCUGUCCGAGCUGUUGGAGGGCUGGGAGUGACACCAAGGUGAAUGAGGGGAGGCUGUAUAAAUUGCUGGCGCAGCGCAAACCGCUUCAGAGACGAGGGCAUCAGCCAGAAUCUUAUGCGCGACCUUUCCCUGCCGUGCACGACCACAGGCCAUUACAGUAAUGACCGCGAAAACAGAGCUUUCAAGCUGGCCAGAGCACGUAGAGGAUUUCACCCUGCUGCAGUCUCAGCGAAACCUGGCCCACAUCAACUCCAAAAGCUGGAUUUCUUCUCAUUCAAUCUGUGCGUUUUCACGGAGGGACACUCAUGGAGCUGCAGAUGCUGGCAUCUCAUUGGAGAAACUUGUGCCAGUGAGUAAAGUGCCUGACUGCGUGUCAGCUGCAGGUAUCACGGGGACAGACUAUGAGAAGGCAGCGGAGGGAAGCAAGACGAGCCAGUUUGGUCCUCAGAGACACAGGCGCGUCGCAGCCAACGCCAGGGAGAGGAGAAGGAUGCACGGCCUAAACAAAGCGUUUGACGAACUGAGGAGUGUCAUCCCGUCCCUGGAAAACGAGAAAAAGUUGUCCAAAUAUGACACCCUCCAGAUGGCGCAGAUUUACAUCACUGAGCUGUCAGAGCUGCUGGCCGGCGUGGUUCAGUCGGAGUGCAUGGGUCCCCGUCCAGGCUCAGCGGACAAGCCCUCCAGGAGGAGUCUGAUUCAUUCUUUCCGGCCAACAGACAGUGCGCAGACCCCAAACCAGCUGAGCGGAGAGCAGCGGGACACCUCCGCCUCCAUCGGCCACCUUAUCAUCGUUGAACCCACAUCUGACCUGGGACCACAUAAAUCAACAUCUUCUUCCCAUAGCAGUGACGGGGAGUCUUCGCUCCUCAGUGACGUGGAGGAAAGUCACAAUGUGAGACAGGAACAGAGAACAAUUACCACUGACUUCUGA